AUGCCCAAGACACUGCCUGCAAAGCAGCAGCGAACAUCAGAGACCACCAAGUGCAGCCUUUGCACAUCACACUUAAAGAAGUGUGAAAAGAGAGGAUGGGAACAACGUGAGGAUGAAGAACUUGCCGAGAUAGUUCGGACUGCUGAGCAAACAGGCAUACAGUCUGGAUCUGCAGUGAACCCUCUCACGAUAUGGGCAGCACAAGACGAAGGCAAUGUAUCAGAAAAGGAGGGUAUAGAGAAUAACAUUGACAUGCAAGGGUCAUCGCCAUGUAGACACCUAUUGAUCAACUUCAAUGCUGUUGUCUUACCUGACCUUGACACUCCUGAUCUCAAUCAUCCCGAUGAGCUCCCUCAGGCUUACGAGCUUGAUGAUAUCAAAGUUGAAUACCAUCCACAUAGCAAACUUCCUUCUGUUGUACAUCACUUUGCAGAUUUUUCUUGCAGCUGCUCUUCAGAGGGCCAGUUUCAAAAGGAUGUAGUAUCUGUUGAGUACGACAAUGAGACACAUGAGUUCGAGAUGCAUUAUCACCCUCUCUGGGACUGGUUCGUCCACUUCAUCAAUGAACCAUGGACUGCUGAUGCCUUCUGGAAUGCACAAUCUCAACUUCUGCCAGAUGCAAAGCUGCUCGUGUUCAUUCUGUAUGCUGACACAAAUAAACUAUCUACUUUUGGGACUGUGAAAGGAUAUCCAAUUGUUGCACACAUCGCAAACCUGCCUGUUCACAUUCACAAUGGCAAUACGACCCUAGGAGGAGGUCACAUUGUUGGUUGGUUGCCGAUUGUUGCCGAGGAUCAAAAACAUACAAGAAAGAAGAGCUUUGUAGACUUCAAAAAUGCAGUGUGGCACAAAUCCUUCUACCAGCUUCUCAAGUCAAUUGAGCUGCACUCGAAAAAUGGCUACUGGUUUGAAUGUGGGGAUCAGACUCAGCACCGUCUCUGGCCUUUGAUAUUGAUCUUAAGCAGAGAUUAUGAAGAACACUUUGAUGCUAUUCCACGAUGGCCCAACUUGACGCACUUUAAGGCUGUCAUGUCAGUCAAUUUCAACGAUGGUUUAUUUCACAAGGAUAUUUCAAAGGAUGUCCUACUUGAAUCAAAGUCUAAGAUAGGAUACCUCCUUCUACGCUGCAUCCACUAUUAUCUUGAGCUCAACAUCUAUGCUUCGUUCAAAGUUCACACUGAGGAGACUAUUGUGGCUGGAAGGGCGACCUUGGUUACAUUCUUGGAAUUGAUGGACAUAAGUUUUUCAGAUGCUGUUAAUCAUUUUCAGUAA